AAGAAUCAAAUUCUCUUAACACCGAUUUUAGGUUUUAUUGACUCCAUGGCUUGGAAAUAAUGUCCACAGAGUGCUAUUUGUGUUACAUAGUCAACAGCUUAUAGGUGUGAGUUUUCUCUUUCCCCUCCACACAUGGGUUCCUUAAACCGUGCCAUGGGUUAGACAGGGUUACGCACACACCUGCCACUGAAACCUGUUUCUUCAUUAAUAAGUCAUGAGCACAACGAGCCCGAGUCAGGCGGAGAAGGCCAUGUUAGCUGGGAUAUAAACAUGGACAUUACUGUUCUCCCCAACAAUAAUCAUCCAGAGAAAUUCCUCCAGCUUGAUGUAGGGAUGCUACCAGCCACCCACGGAAUGUUCCAGAUAGGAUCAGCACUUUCUGGCCAGAGACAGUGGCACAAUAGAGUAUACUCACAGGGAGAACAGAGAGGAAAGAAGGAGGCAGAAAGACCACCAUCGCCCGAGGUCAGACCUGACUUCAGAGACUGCGAGCUGGAACAGCACAUCACACCACUCACUCUGAAACCAAAGAUCAAGCAAAACCCACUUUAUGUAGACUUAUGGACUGCUGGCAUAGAGGAGAACCAGAGAUCCAAACCAUCCUGGACCAUUGAGGACUAUGACAGACAGUCUUUGCAUGGCAACCUAGCCAGUUAUCUACAGGAAGACCCUAGGAAACUGAAUUUUUGGCUGGAGGAUCUCUACACCCCCGGCUUUGACUCCUUGCUGAAAAAGAAGGAAGCAGAACUUAAAAGGAACAAAAUGUGCAGAAUUCUGACUUCAGUCGUUCUGUCGGUUUGCCUAAUUGUGAUUGUUAUCACUGUGCCAAUUGUGGUGACACAAUAAAAGGACUAAUUUAGAAAAUGAAAGCAAGAAAACCGACGUUUAAAUUUACGCCAUGGUUCAGCAGAUAAGGAAAUCCUCUUGUCUGUGAGCAUAAGCUAUUGCUGGUUAUUUUAUUACGGUUAUUGCUGUUACACCUGUUUGAGGAUUCACCAUUGUGUAAUUUCAAUAUUGUAUGAGCUUACAUAAGAGUUUGUUUAAGGAUUAAUUGAAAGAAACGCAAUAUACAGUAGGAUGUAAGGAAUAACAGCACCACCAAGUGACCAGAAACCAUGUGCAAAACUGACAAUGUACAUAAUAUAUUCCAUAUCCGUAUCCAUAUAUUAUAUUUAAUCACAAUAGGUUACUUAUUAGUGAUCACGUCUGCUUUGAUAAGGAACUGUAUUAUACUGUAAUAAAAUAAAAUGGGGAGGAAAAGGAAAUUAGAUUGACCCUA